UAACGGAGGCAUGUUAGCGAAUACCCGUUAGAAAAAUAAAAAAUGGUCGAUCUAUCCUGGAACACGUCACCAGUAGGUGAUACAUUUAAAGCGAUAAGGGUGAUAUAAGGUGGGAAAUAAACCGAAGAAGAUGCAUUUUCCAAAUUACGAUAUCAAUGUGAAGGCCUACAAUAUUUAUCGCUUCGUUUAAAUGCAGGAAUUGUAUUCUAACCUGUCCCAAUAAAUAUUAUCAACAAACACUAAGUAUAUCUAAUAUAUUUUCACUUGCUAUUACUGUAAAAUAACUCGCUGAUUUGAUCAUGGUCGCAUAAAACUUUUCUUUAGAAGUAUUGGAAAAACACUUUGUACUUCUGUAACCAAUUCAGAGAUGAAGAUACUUGGAAUAAACCUUUGUCAUUAUCUGCCAAGUUUGCUGCUUCUAUAAAGCUGGAAUUGAAAAUAGGAGACUGGAUAUAAUUGUUAACAAGAAGUAUUAUAUUAUAAAAAAUACUGCGUUCGUAUGAAAGAAACUAUGGAGUCAAAUGAAAGAAAAGAAUUACCAAAUGGAAAUACCACGAACAAUAGGGACAUAGAUUGGUCCAGAUAUGGUUUACACAAUACAGAAAUGCAAAGAAACAAUGAAACACGGAGGAAUAAUGGAGAGUAUGAAGAACUUGGACCUGAAAUGUAUCAAACUGGAGCAAAUGAAUUGUUUGCGCAAGAAUAUAGUUCUGAUCCUUGGUGGAAAUCAAACUUUUUCAUUUCUCAACCUGUACUAUUUGGAACAUGGGAUGGUGUAUUUACAUCUUGUCUUAUCAACAUCUUCGGAGUUAUUGUAUUUUUAAGAUCAGGAUGGAUUGUAGGACAAGCUGGUGUUCUUAAUGCUAUACUAAUAAUCUUGUCUACAGUGUGUAUAGCAUUAGUGACUGUGCUGUCUGCUGUGGGAAUAUGCGAACGAUGUAGAGUAGAAAGUGGAGGAGUGUACUUUUUAUUGUCACACGUGUUGGGAUCAAGAUCUGGUGGAUCUAUAGGAUUACUGUACUGUUUCGGACAGGCAGUGGGUUGUGCACUGAACGUUCUAGGUUUUGGAGAAUCUAUGGCUGGUCUGGUAGGCUUAGAAUCUGCUUGGGCAGAACGUGGUUUUGCUUGUGCGGCUGUUAUCUUGUUGUCUAUUAUCAAUGUUGCCGGCGUCAAGUGGGUUAUAAAACUCCAAUUCAUUUUGUUGUUAAUUUUACUUCUGGCCGGGGUAGAUUUUAUAGUUGGAAGCUUUACACACGUGGAUGUUGAGGCUGGUUUCGAGGGUUGGUUGUCAGGAAAUUUAAGAAACAAUACGUUCCCUUACUACCAAAAUGGAUACAGCUGGUUUACAGUUUUUGGAGUAUUCUUUCCCACAGUAACUGGCGUUUUAGCUGGUAUUAAUAUGAGUGGAGAUCUGAGGCAUCCAUCCACUGAUAUUCCCAAUGGCACCUUAGCUGCAGUAGGAACCGGAACGGUUUUGUAUCUAUGCUUUAUAAUGUUUCUUGCGGCAACUUGUACCCGUAACACUCUUCUUACGAACUUUAUGAUCGCGUCAACGGUAUCAGCGAUUUCAGUAUUGCUGUUGGCAGGUCUUUACGUGUCGUCGUUUAGCAGUUGUUUAGGUGCUAUGUACGGCACGCCUCGUGUUCUUCAGUCUAUUGCUAGUCAAAAUGUUAUACCGGGAAUGAGUUGUUUGCAAAGAGGGAGAGGACCGAACAAGGUACCUAUAUACGCAAUGUUAGUGGUCGCCGUUGUUACAUUGACAUUCAUUAUUACUGGUCAGAUUAACACACUCGCUCCAAUUGUUACAAUGCCUUUUCUCUUGACGUAUGCAUGCUUAGAUUACGCGUAUUUCGCUCUCGCGCAAACAUUCGAUAUACAACUGACUCGAGAACAGAGAUUUCGCACACAAUCUCCGACGUUUGAUCGUAAUUAUGGCUAUACGAGUAGAAAUAAUUCGUUAACAGAUACGAAUAACGAUUUGGAUAAUUUGUUUCCCGAAAGAAUAAGGCAUAAAAAUCUUAUCAGAAAUCCCAGCACUGAAAGUAAUGUCUACAUAGAUUCUUCGCCAAGUGUCGAUGAAAACGGUAGUGUUGUGGAAAACUCUGAACGAAAAGUUCACAUUCAUAAUAAGUUAGGAAAUUGGUACAGUCCUUUGUGUAAUAGAUGGCUUUCGCUGUUAGGAUGCCUCGUAAAAUUGCUUAUUAUGUUUCUUGUUCAUUGGGGAUACGCUAUUGCAAAUAUUGUCGUCGUUUUUCUCGUUUGGAGUUACGUGGGCCAUGCGAAUCCUGCUGUUAAGCCAGGUGUUUCAUCCGAAUUUAAAUUCUGUAAUUGGCUGAAGACGUCAUUAUUAAGGCUUAUGGGGAGAAAAGUGUAUGACUAUGAACAAAUUGUUGUUACACCUGCUCACCCGGGUGUCGAAACAUGUUCGGCCCAAUUGAACGAGGAAAAUGAAGAUUUUGCUGGUAGGCGAAGAUACCAUCAAACAGCUACUGUUACGGGACAAUAUGUCAGUGUCGAGUGAAUGUAAAAUACCGAAAGAUAAUUUAGAAACAUGUCUGAUUAAUGAUGAUUGUAAUAAUCAGGAAGAAUCGUGUGGGAAUCAUAUUAAUUUCGUAUCGUAGCCUACAAUAAAAUAAUAGGAGCGUUGCAAUUUCUAAUGCUGUUAACCGCACAAAACUAGUCUAAUUAAAAAAGAAUUUCAUAUCUUAGGCACAAGGAAUUUUUUGUAAAGUACAACAGAGUAGCCUUAAAAAUACUAAUCUAUACAAGAAAAAAGGGUAUAUGCAGCUGAAUUAUACAAAGAAAUGUUAACUUUUUCUAACAAUUUAUGUGAUGUAUACCAGAUGCAGUUGAAAUAAUGUACUGCCAGAAGCAUUUCGAAAAUGCAGGGUCCAUUUCUUCGCUGAAUUAUUUUAAUAAUUGUGUCUUGUAAUGUGAGAUUAUUUAUUCUUUUAUAGUCCUACUAUUUCGUAGUUAGGUUUUAAUUGUAAUACCGUAAAUAUCAUAUGAAUGUA